CUCAAAUUUAGCAGUCUUUGGAAGAACGUAAUCAACCAGGUAGGGUAUUGACUGUUAUGUAAGCCGACUCUGUGUGUUGUAUUGCAUUGUAUUUCUAAGUUUUCUAGGUUUGUUUUCUACCUGAUGACGAUUGCUUGUGUUGCAAUCGAAACUUAGUAUUCUAUUAUUUAAUUUAAUUUAUUUCUACGUGACUUUACCGAAAGAACCAAAGAGUACUCACAAUUAAGUUAUCGUGCCGUCUGGCUUUCAUGCGCGUGUCACUUGCCAAAACACCCUGGUGGUGUUCAGUAACAAACACCAGCAGUAGCGGCUACUAGAUUUCACGCUGUGGAUAUUUUUCGGAAAUAUUUUUUUUCAUUUAUUAGUGGGGUUUUUUUGCAUUCAUGGGUAAUUGUUGGAGUUAAAAUCUUAACAUGUUUGUACUUGUUUUUAUCUUGUUGAUUCAGGGCCCCCUUGUGGCCGACUGGGCCUCCUAUGUGUCGCAUAACGCUGCCACAUCACCCCCCUCCCCUCCCCAUAGUUGCGCAACCUCGGUUGAGAACCACACGGAGACUGUUUUGGGGAACUUUGCCCGGCCUCCAUCAAUGAUUUGCCCUGGGUAGGGUAGGUGGGGGGAUGAGUUAGUGGGGCUGGCUUCAGCCAUUGGAGAACGCUUCCUGGCAGAGCAACCCCACUACCGCUGCAGCCCGAGGACAUUCCUGCGCUGGUUUGGGGGAUUUUUGCUCUCAGAUAAACUUUUGGGGAGGCAAGAGACGGCAGCUUCCUCCUCGUUCCUGUCCCAGCAGCAGCAACAACUUCAACAACGUCAUCAUCACUAUCAUCAACCAGAGAAGCAAAAUGGCGGAACGGGAGGUGACCAGGCGGCAGGGAAAGGACUAUGCCACCCACUUCAGCCCGCGCGAGUACAUGCGCGCGUACUUCAGCACAGCCCAGGGUGACGCGGGGGAGGGCGAGCUCCUGCCCCAGCUCCUCCAGUUCCUGCACUCGGCCUUCGCCACAGGCGAGGUGUCGGGCCAGCGCCUCCUGGACGUUGGUUCGGGUCCUACCAUCUACCAGGUGCUGAGCGCCUGCGAGAGCUUCCCCGAGAUCUACCUCUCCGAGUACGCGCAGAGCAACCGAGAAGAGCUCCAAGGCUGGCUCAACUGCUCCCCCGAUGCCUUCGACUGGACGAGCAUCGUCCAGUUUGUGUGCCGCCUCGAGGGAAGGAGCGGAUGUGAGGAGGAGAAGACGGAGCGUCUACGCAGGGCGGUUCAGGCUGUGCUGCCCUGCGACGUCAACCAGGACGACCUGUUACUCGGGUCCACACAGAUCCCUGACCUCUUCGACUGCGUCCUCUCCACGCUGUGCCUGGAGGCUGCGUGCGACUCGGUCGAAGGCUUCGGUGCUGCGCUGAGCCGGAUGUGCGGGCGCCUGCGUCCGGGCGGGUGGCUCGUCAUGGCCACUGUGUUGCAGGAGACAUUUUACCGCGUCGGCGUCGAGACCUUCAGGGUGCUGCCCGUGGACGAGGGCAACGUGGUGGACGCCGUGAGGGCGGCGGGGUUGACGGUCCGCCGACUGACCAAGCACGGGGCGCCUGACGUCGCUGGAAGGGAGAGGGCCUCUGACUUCAAGGGGUUGCUCUUAAUCGUAGCGCAGAAAAAAUAACGUCCAUUUUUUGUGUUUAAUUUAGUUUUCCUUCCACCCCACCCCCCACGCACCUCCGAUUAGCAUGGGUAGCUUUGUACGGUGAAAAAGAAGUUCAAACUACAUAAACUAAUUUAAUUCGAA